CGGCAACACUGUGCUCAUGAACGUCAAAACUCAGAACGUGACUUGAUUACCUUUGCCCUAUGCGCGGAAUCAAAAAUACAAUGCAAUUUUCCAAAUUACCAAAGCCACGUUUUGUCAAAUUAGUAGAGUUUGUAAAUUUCUUACGAUCGUGACAAAUUAAAUUUCAGCAAUCAUGCAAGCGAAACCUUGAAAUUGUAGUUUUGUAACCUGUAACGGUUGAGUUGUUGAGUAGCCACUACCGUCACCGUCUGCUGAAAUAAGGUUAGUGGUGGUGAAAUGCAUGCUGUGUUUUGUGCUAGAAGUUCCCGUAAAAUUGCCAAUUUUUAUCAAAAAUUAUGGGUACUUAUCUAACUCCCAUAUCGUCACAAUUUUAUUUAUACGACUGCUAUCGCACGAAAAGCAGAUACAACAAUGUCACGUUAUUUUGACAGGUGAAAAUUAGGUAUAAUAAAUUGGUUCAAGGUAAUUGUAUUAUUUUGUUUGAAAAAUGUUUAGUGUACCGAGUGCGAUGACUGCGAUGUUAAAAAGGCUUCUAAGCCAACGAAAUUCGAGUAUGUAUUCAGCCGACGAAGUGUUCAGUGAGGAAAACAAGAAAAGGACAGUGGAGCAAUUCUCGUCUAUGAAACCGAUCAGAAUGACUUCUCAGGAACCCAGAGAUAAGGCAGCUGUGCUGAUCCCGCUUUGCGAAGUCGAUGGCAAGGUGUCGCUACUGUACACUCUAAGAGCGGCCAAUUUAAAGAGUCAUCGUGGACAAGUUAGUUUUCCUGGUGGAAAAAAAGACGAUGAUGAUGAUACAUUAAAAGAUGCUGCUCUCAGAGAAACCGAGGAAGAAUUAGGAAUACAAUCGGAUAAUAUAGACGUUUGGGCUACCGGUAGUUCAAUAAUUUCGAAACGAAAAAUGACAGUGUUGCCAGUUAUAGGGAGAAUAUUAAACGAAAUAAAAAUUAGUGAAUUAAAUGUGAAUUAUUCGGAAGUCGAAGAAGUGUUUGCUGUAUCACUAGAAGAUCUAUGCAAUCCUGCUUAUCUGCGAUAUACACAAUUUAGGAGUGGGGCUUCUUUACCAGUGUUUUUGGGGGGUAAACGCAGAAUAUGGGGACUCACUGGGUUGAUAACAAAUAGGUGUUUGCUGUCUUUACUGCCUCCGCAAGCCUAUUCUCAUAAAAUUAAAUUUAUACCUCAUGUUAAGAGCAAUAUUAAACCUAGUGCUGCUUAUGAUUGAUUUUUUUUAUUUCAAUAUUUAUUAUUGAAUAUUUUUAUUUUAUGAUUCUAGAGCAAUUAUUUAUCAGAAAAGCUUACAAGAAGCUCUUUUGUUUAUUAUUCCAAGCAAUGAAGCACUGAGGCCAUGGAUUACCUGUGCUAAAAAUUGGUAUGUUGGUCCAAUUCAAUGUCUUGAUCCCCUUUCAAUUUUUCCAGUGUUAUCUGGGUUGCAUUUUUAGGGACAUUUUAAAAAACGCUGCGUAAAGGCUGGUCUGAAGUGAAAAAUUCUUGCCCAGUUUCAUUUAAAGUAUAUUUGUAACAAAAAACCUUGAAAGUACUAUUCUAAUAUUUAUAUAUGGCAUAGCUUGUCAUUGAAGACAAUGCUCUGUUUUUAUCACAUUUGAGAACAUGGAUAUGAUAAUAAUUUAUUAGAUCAUUAUACAAAAACAGAACUUUAUUUUGAUUUAUUUAAUUACAAUGGAAAUUUAUAUUUUUUGAAAAAUUAUAAAUUAAGUUAAGCACCUGUAUAUGCUAAAAGUAAUGGCAGUAAAAUUAUAUUUCAUUAUGUGCUAAUAUAAAAUAUAAAGAUAUAAAUUUAAAUAAAAUAUAUAAAUUUUAUACACACAAAUAAAUUAUUUACAAAAACAAUAAUGCAUCAAUAUUAGAUGUGAUACAAUUUUGAUUUCUUCUGAAAUAACUUCAAAUUUUUUAUAUUCCUCACAUUGGUAGGUAGAGUGUUAAAAACUUUGGUAGCAACAUAAGUUACAAAACUUUGACUUGCAUCUCACUGAACUGCCGAAGUUCUCAAUUUCUCAUUUAAUCUGGCUCUUGUGUUGUGCAAAUGAUAUGCAGUGUAUCUCAAUUCAGACUUUUCAUAAAUAAAAGUACAAGACGGAUAAUAUAAAUGUUCUUAUACAAAGCACUUGUUUAUAAGAGAGGUAGGAUAUAAUGCAGAUUUUUUGUAAAUAAUUUUAUUUAUAUGAUUUUGGAUUACAUUAAGGGGUUCAAGUGCAAUAUCAUAUAGUCCACCCCAUAUUAUUAUACCAUAUCAGAAAAUAGAUUCAACCAGCGAGUUGUAAAUAAUAAUUAGUAAACUCCUAGUCAUAAAUUUCAACUCCUAAAAUUUUAAAAUGAAUGUUUUAACUGUAGUUGUUAAUGACUGAAUGUGAUUACUUCAUUUCAAAUUUUGAUCAAUUGUGAUACCGAGAUAUUUUGUUGUAUUUUCAAUCAAUGGACUUCUUUCCCCUUAUAGAGCUUGAUUUUUGCUAAAAAUUUCAAGUUGAUAUCAUUUUUCAGUUUUGAGUUAGAAUUUGUUUUAAUAUUUCAACCACACUUAAACCCCCAUGUUUAUUCAGAUUUUUUUUUUUAGAAUCAAUAGCCUUUUUCUCCUUUUCCAAAUAAUUUCAUGUUGAUAUCGCUUUUCGUUUUUGAUUUAUGAAUUUUUUUUUUAAUUUCACCCCUCGUUUUUAAUCAGAUAAUUUUUUAAAAUUCAGUAGGCUUGGUCCCCUCGUAGGGCUCGAUUUUGACUAAACAUUUCAAUUUGAUAUAUUUUUCGUUUUUGAGUUUUUUAUAUUUCAACCCCUAUUAACUAACCCCCCAAUUUUAUUCAUAGAAACGUUGAAUUACAUUAAAUUCUCUACACUUUUUAUAUACAAAAACUUUUCCACCUGCCUUUUUGCUUAAAAUUUACUGCAAAAAAACUGUUGGAAUCUGUUUUUUAUAAUUAGCGAAGUAAACUAGCAGACGAUUUGAUUAAAAUUCGGAUAGAACGCUAUAAAUACUACGGUAGUACUCGCAACUAAUAAUAUCCUCUAGAUUCUAGAUGAAGACUGGACCAGCAUUUUUUUUUCAGACUAGCCAAUUUGCACAGCGUUUUCAAAAAAUCAAUAAAACAAAAAACGUGAACCAGAUUGCCUGUGAGCAAUUGAAAGGGGAUCGUCAGGACAUCGAAUUGGAUCAAGAUACCAAUUUUUGAUUUUAUUUUUUCACUGGUAAAUAAAUCUACCCUACUUCCUGGCCUGUAUAUAAUUUAUGAAAUGAAUUAGUGUCAAAAUAAAUGGGAUUACUUUUAAAUUAUUAGUAGUCAUCAUUUAAUGUUUAAUAUGAUGAAAUACCUAUGAAAGCCAUCCUAAUUUUUAUGUUAGGAAACUAAAAAAUUAAUAGCUUUAUUUUCACCGAGAAUGCGAUGUUGCCAAAUAUAUAAAACUCCCGAAUUUUAAGAAUUUAUUGCUAUAAUUCAAAAAUCCAAUUUUGUUUUUGUUGUCUGAAGCUUAUAAUAAAAUUUGGAUUGUAUAUUAAUAUAAAAAUUGUAUAAAUUACGGGUGUAUAUAUAAUAAUGGCUAGUAGUACCUGUUAAUGAGGAAACGAAACCAUGUGAUCUAUAAUAUUAUGUUUUAUUUUUAGUGACAUUUGAAAUUGGGGAAAGAUGAUUACUUAAGUAUUUAAAUAUGAAAAAGAAUAAUAUAAGGUAGUACAUUAAGAAUGUACCUAAUUUUUGAUGCAAUCAAAUUUAUGAAAACAUGAACAUAUCAAAUGAAAGACUAUUUUUUAUUUAGGUAAUAUUAAAAACACUGUUGUAUACCUAAUGGUAAAAAUGUAAUUUUAAGAUAGCUAUUUUUUACAGGGGUACUAAUAAAAUCUCUCAGAAUUAAUAUUUUGGAAAUAAAUAGGUAGGGAAACUUAUUUGAAUUUCAUAAAAGUUAGUUUUUCAAAUAUUUUUCUUCUGCGAUUUUAUUGAUAUUCUCUGUAUACCACUGACAAUAUUAAUCUUUAUAAACACUAAUUUGGUUUUUAUUUAAGUAAUUCAAAUCUAGUCCAUAUUAUCAAAGCUUUUUUCUCUUAAAAUAGUGUAAAAAAAUAAUGCAAAAUCAUUAUAAAAUUAAUUUGUGUUUCUCUUGAAAACUUAAUGUAAAAACACUAGUUAGUUAAAGAACCAAAUUACAAGUACUGUG